UCCGGCCAUUGCUGAAAUCCCAUCAAUACCACAAACUGUUCGGCCUUUAGAAGUUAUGCCUAUAGUAACAGGGCAGCUAUCUUCGCAACACCAACUUAUUUUAGUAGAAGCAUUGACACUCCCUACAAAGUUGGAAUUCCCUACAGAGGUUAUAACAACUGAAACUGCUGUUAGAAUACCAGAAGUAGCAACAGUAUCUCCAGUAAUUCAUCCUGUACCUCUUGUUGUUGAUGCUACCCCAACAACAGAAGUGGCUAAAUCAAUACCACAAACUACAGUUUCUAGGAUUAUAACUCCUACAAUUGGUGAAAUACCACCAUCACCUCUUGUGAUGGAGGUCCAACAAAUGGCAGUACAACCAGAAGUACCUCAUGUUAUUUAUGUUCCACUGGUCUAUGGAGCAAGUACAUCCUCAGUCAUGUCACACUCAACACCAUUACUGGAGGUCAUAGCGUUGCAGCCUGAACGUGAGACACCCACAGAUAGUAUGACAAUGGAGGUUGGUGUAAGAGCUUCAAUACCGUCAUCAGUGUUGCAGCCCCAGGCGGUGGCUGGGAUGCCGGUGAGAGUUAUUUCAACUGGGGAAACCACCAGUGGGAGUUGGACAUCUGUAACGUCCAUAGUACAGCCAACAUACACCACAAGUGAAAUGUUCACCUACCCUGCAGAAUAUGAAACACCUACGCAGGUGGUUACAACUGAGGCCUUUGCCACCAGGAGAGAAUCCCUCACCAUGCAGCAAUCAUUUCCAUUGCCACAUGUAGUAAACAUGCCAGCUGAAAAAGAUGUCCCUUUUGAUGGUUAUGCUGUUCAGGUCCCCUACAGGAGAGGAUCUAUUCAAUCAUCAGAACAAAGACCACAGGUUUUAACUUAUUCAUCAGAAUAUGAUCACCCUCUGGAGAUAAUAACCACUGAGGCAUAUACCAGGAGAACAUCAAUGCCCACUGCACAGGACAUUCCACAGGGUGUAUAUGUGGCUCCAGUCACUAUAACUAAAAUUCAGCAAGAGUCUAUUGAGAGCCAAGAGAUUCGAGGACCAGAAAAAGUGGUCUCUAGUAUGAGUCACAUGUAUUCUUCUUCAAUUUCCACCUCAGGCCAGCCUCCUGAAAGCCUCCCCAGCCUGGUCACACAGGUGUUCACCACUGAGGUCCAGAGGACCACUGUUUCUGUUGUUCAUGAAAGACUUCCACAAGUUCCUCAACCCAGUGUAGCAAUCACUAUACAACCAGACAUAGCUAAAGUCCAACCUCUGCCGAAACAGAAUGGGAAGAUAAUCUACUCUGGUGAUGUUAUUGAUUUACGUACCAUGAAGGUUGGCAUAAAGAUGACUGAACUGGGCAUGGACCUGACACCACCUGAGUCUUGUCGACAGUCUUUUUCAAGUGACUAUAGUGGCCGUCAAAUCACAGCAGUACAGCCUGAGAUAGUCAAUCUUAGUGCAGAAAUCACCCCUGCAACCACAUUGUCUGUGGUCACUGACAGCAUCACAAUAGUCACAUGCACAGCAACCAUUGCCUCAUAUAAGAACACUCCAGCAGAGAAACCACUGGAUUUGCAGGGCCCUGUUACAUCAUUGCCUCUGCCUCUCACAACGUACAAACCAUUCGAACCACUAGCUCAGAUUGUAUACAGACCUGUGAAUUCCCAGCCCGUAGUCAGUGCUAUAGGAUCCACAGGUCAAGACAUACCGAUUAAUCUUUCCUUUGGAGCUCUGGUCACCUCAGGAGGCAAACAGCAAAUCACUUCCCCAGCAGCUAUCAGCAAUGGAGGCCCUGUCCUUUCUCUAGAGGCCACAGGGGCCAUGGAUCUGUCAAACUAUAGACCAGUCAGAGCUAUGGUAGCUUUGUCGGACACAAGCUCUGGAGUGGUGACCACUGUUAUAGAGGAGGAUGGGACUCCAGUCGACCUUACAGCUGGUAGGAGGAGUGUGUGCUGUGAUGUAAUUUACAAGCUACCAUUUACAGGAAGCUGCAGAACACAGCCCCCAGUGACUGCCCAGCCUGAAAACCGUUUUGGCUACAGAGAUGACCACUACCAAUAUGAUAAUGCUGGACUAUAUGGUAUCAAAGGCAUGAAUGGUAUAAAAGCCUCAAUGUCUGAGACCAACUUGACUGAGGCAGGACUGUUCUCCUAUGAUCCGAAAAAUGAUUAUGACUAUCUCAGUGGAUCUUCAGAUGGCGCUAUCGACCUCACUGCUGCCAAACUUUCUGCUGGUAAAGCUGUAGACUACACUAGCAAAGCUACUGGAAGCUAUCCUGGAAUGACUACUGCUCCAUACUCCCAGGUCCUUGCAGCUGGGUUUGGUGCAAAUGGAGUUCUCAGAACCUCAGAUGGGAUAGUUUACUCCUCUGUUGCUGCCCCAGAUCCUUCCACAUAUGCAAUUACAACUCAACCAGGCUCCAUCUUUAGCAAUUCCCUGAAUCCUACAUCAACAAUCCAGAACCAGUCAUUGCCACAUCCGUAUGGUUUUAUUCCGAGUACAGACCCUGGACAGAUAAUUCCUUUUGAUACAGGGCUACCUAAGGAGCUUCUACCCACAGCUUUGGCUGACAUCAUAACAGGCUAUCCGGACAUGUACUCAGACACCACCCUGGAAGCAAUAGCUGCGUCUCUGGAUGCCUUAGCCUCUUCCCCAUUAUUCCCUGGCUUAGACAACACCAAGAUGGCCCAAUAUCAGAUGGAGAGGGAGUUUCUAGAGCUAGAAAAGCUUAAGCAGCUUUGUCUCGCUGAGGAACUGGAGUGGGAGAGGCAGGAGAUCCAGCGUUACCGUGAACAGGAGCAGCUUAUGGUCCAAAGGGAGCUUGAGGAGCUUCAGGCUCUGAAACAGCAGCUUCUCAUGCAGCAAGAGGAAGAGCACCAUGCCCACAUUGUGGCCCAGCAGGAGACCUAUGCCCAGCAGAAAGAGCAGUUGCAGCAAAUCCAACAACUCCAACUGCAACUUCAGCGCCAGCUUGAUGAGCACUAUGGUAGCACUGGUACCACAGGAAACCUACUAGAAGCUAAAUAUGCAGGGGUAGGGGACAGUGGCCAGUACUGGCCUGUCAAAGAUGAGUCCACAGCUCCAUCUAUUGAGACACAGUUAGAGGAAAGUCAGGAUCAGCUUAAUCUAGUAAAGAGGCUUCAAGCUGAUCAAGACACAGGGAAAAGAAUUAUUGAUAGUGGAGUGCAGACAGACGAUGAAGACUCAGCAGAGAAGCAGCAUGUAGGAAGGAGAAAGAAGAACAAAAGAAAUGUUGAUAGCUCAGCUCAGACUGAUGAUGAGGACCAAGAUGAAUGGGAUGCUCCCACAAAAGCUCGACGACGCUCUCGAAAACAUAGCAGUGAUGGGAAACAUGGCUCCAAGGUCUCUAGCAUUGCUAUCCAAACAGUGGCAGAAAUAUCUGUCCAAACUGACCACUCAGGAACUAUCAAACGACCCAUUGUCCAGAUGGACACUAGGGUGGAAAUCAUCAAACAUAUAUCAGCUCCAGAGAACUCUCAGAGAGGAGGUAGUCUGAGCUGUCAGACAGACUAUGACAGAAGGUACACACCAAUUGAGGUGGGCUACAGCACACAACUAAAAGCAGAUGUCCCCUCUAAGUCUAAAGUCUUCUACACCUCAGUCUCCCCCAUGUCCCCGGAAAAGUCACUUGAAGGGCAGAGAAUGCUGACUGCUGACCCAAACAGAUUUUCCUCUGGACCUCGGAUAUUAAAGGCUGGUCAGAAAUCUCUGUCUGAUCCUAAAUCCCUUAGUCCUGCCACAGACGACAGGAUGGGUGGAUACUAUGCAGACAGCUAUUCUAGCCGAGGCUCUCCCUCUGGUACAGGUAAGAAGGUAAAGCGGACACUACCAGACCCCCCUCCCGAGGAUGACUCUCUGACAGGACGGUCGGGCUACAGCUCCAACUCUGCUCGUCGCCGUCUUGCCCGCAGUACAACAAUGGCCCGGGCAAAGAUCCUGCAGGACAUUGACAAGGAGCUUGAUCUGGUGGAGAGAGAAUCUUCUAAACUUCGCAAGAAACAAGCUGAGCUAGAUGAAGAGGAAAAGGAGAUUGAUGCCAAAUUACGGUACCUGGAGAUGGGUAUCAACCGCCGUAAGGAGGCCUUACUGAAGGAGAGAGAAAAGAGAGAGAGGGCCUAUCUCCAGGGGGUGGCGGAGGAAAGAGACUACAUGUCAGACAGUGAGGUUAGCAACAUCAGAGAGGCCAGGGGCGAUGGCCUGGAGAGACCACGGACAGCUCCCCAGUCGGAGUUUGACCAAUUCAUCCCCCCCCAGACAGAAGCUGAUUCCCAGUACAACACACUCACUAGUCCCUACUCUCACUAUGCCCAGUAUGUUCCCCAGACCCAAACCACCAGCCACUACACACAACAGAACCUAUAUCAGCAGCAGUCCCUUUACCAUCAACAGGUGUCUCCUUACCCAACCCUAUCCCUCUCCCAUGCCCAGGCUCAAUCUAGUAGCUACCAACAUGCUCUGCUCUUGCAGCAGGGUAAGCAACGGCAAUCCACCCUUUCUGAUAUAGAGCCUAAGAUCACCACCAACUAUGAAGUGAUACACAACCAGCCUCUGAUCAUUGUGCCAACCUCCACAGAAAGUGGUUAUGGGGUUGCUCACCUGGGGGGCAAGUAUGGCAGUUUGGACUUGAGGCUAGGGCUAGGGGAGAGGAGCAUGGCCUCUAGUCCCAUGUCUAGCAUUUCUGCUGAUUCCUUCUAUGCCGAUAUUGAUCACCACAAUUCCAGGAACUACGUGCUGAUAGAGGACAUAGGGGAGCUCACAAAGGCCUCAACAGGAAUGAGCAACACCGGCUUGGGUUCUGGAUUCAACAUGCCUGAUAAGGAGUUGUCCAAGGCAGACAGACUACUCAGGGCAGCAGAAGUCAGGCGCACAGCAGAGGUGGCAGAUUUUUUAGGCUCAUCUCGUCUUCAGGGUUAUGGUAAAGGAGAAGAUGACACUAUGGAGGAGCCUUAUGAGCUGAAGCUACUGAAGCAGCAGAUCAAGCAGGAGUUCAGGCGAGGAAAUGAGGGACUAGAACACUUAACAGGCAUGAGCCUGCCCCAGUAUCUUCCCAGCGAUAGCAGUUUUCGCCACUUCCCUAAAGGAGAAAAAUAUAGCAUCGGCAGGCUCACCCUUGAAAAACAGGCUGCAAAGCAACUCCCAGCAGCUGUGCUUUACCAGAAACAGAUGAAGAACAAAAAGGCCUUAACAGACCCUAGGGCCAUCACAAAAUGUUCUCCAAUUCAGGAGAAUAGGGACCUGGACUUUGGCAGCUACAUGGGAUCUGGGGCCUCCUCUGUGACAAAUCUGGCUGCUACAGCUAGGUUGCUUCAGGAUGAGAUUACAUUUGGACUAAGAAAGAAUUUGUCUGAGCAGCAAAAAUAUCUGGGCUCCUCCCUGGGUGCAAAUUUAGCUGGUUCUCUUAAUCUUGGGCAGUCCCUCGGACUUGGAUCCAAUAUAAGGGCCACUGCCCAGGAUGAUGGCACCUACCCAAGUGGCAACCAUUCCAGACCCUCAUCACGCCCCUCCUCCCGCCCGUCUUCUGUCUAUGGCUUGGAUCUAUCUAUCAAACGAGACCUAUCCAGCUCCUCACUUAGACUUAAAACAGAAGGAGAGGUCCUGGAUGCAGCAUUUGCCCCUGGGGUUGCCAGAGCAAAGCCCACCAGUCUACCUAUCAGCCAAAGUAGGGGCCGUAUCCCCAUUGUGGCUCAGAACUCUGAGGAGGAGAGUCCUCUGAGUCCAGUGGGGAAGCCUAUGGGUAUGGCUAGAGCCUCAGCUGGACCUCUACCUCCGAUCUCUGCUGACUCCAGGGACCAAUUUGGGUCCAGCCAUUCUUUGCCAGAGGUACAGCAACAUAUGAGGGAGGAAUCUCGGACGAGAGGCUAUGAUCGAGACAUCGCAUUCAUCAUGGAUGACUUACAAGGCGCCAUGUCUGACAGCGAAGCACUAAGUGAGUCCAUGCUGGCUUUGAACAGAGAUGAUGCCAGAAUCUUUCAUGAAAGUAUCAGACACGCUGGAGGCCCAAACUGGAAUAUAGAAGCCUACCACCUGAGGAGAGAGGACACAGAUUGGUUUGAUAAGCCAAGUGAAGGGCAUCCGCAGAGCAGAAACAUGUCAGACAGGAGACAGAUGAAACUGGUCCCUUACGCCUUCCCUCACACUCAUAUUAAGCUGAUGAGAGACCCAAAGGACACCAGUGUGUCAGGCAACGGACUUGGGAUCCGUGUGGUAGGUGGAAAGGAGAUUCCGGGAAGCCGAGGACAGAUUGGAGCAUACAUUGCCAAGGUUAUCCCUGGUGGUGUGGCAGAACAAACAGGACAAGUCGUAGAGGGAAUGCAGGUGUUGGAGUGGAACCGAAACCCUCUGACGGGAAAGACUUAUGAAGAAGUGCAAUGCAUCAUGGGCCAGCCAUGUGCAGAGGCGGAGCUCUGUGUGAGACUCGACCUUAAUAUGCUGUCUGACCCUGAGCACCCACAAGCCCUGGAGCACCAUGUCCAGCUUAAGGCUGGUGGGCAGCGUUCCCCCGGUGUGGAUCCUAAUCAGUUGGCUGCAGAACUGCAGAAGGUGUCCCAGCAGCUGGCUCCUGGUAUGGCUGGAACAGGGCUUGGGCCUGGGGGUUUGGGGGUCCUCUCUGCACUGGAGCGCUCUGCCCUCCUCCACUCGGGUACUGGAUCAGCUGGCUCCAGUGGUGUGCCAAGCCCCGGCCAGCCCGCAUCCCCUGCCAUAAACAAGAAACAACGACACAAGCCAAUAGAGGUAAUGAGGACACCUCAUCCCAUCACUGGAGAAAUUCAGCUCCAGAUCAACUAUGACAGGAACCUGGGAAACCUGAUAGUCCAUGUCCUGCAGGCUAGAAACCUGGCCCAGAGGGACAACGAUGGCUACUCUGACCCUUUUGUCAAGGUCUACCUCUUGCCUGGCAGAGGCCAAGUCAUGGUUGUCCAGAAUGCAAGUGCUGAUAACAAGAGAAGGACCAAGUAUGCCCAGAAGACCAUGAACCCAGAAUGGAACCAGACUGUCAUCUACAAGAACAUUCAUUUGGAGCAGCUAAAGAAGAAGACGCUGGAGGUGACAGUGUGGGACUAUGACAGAUCCUCCUCCAAUGACUUCCUCGGAGAGGUGUUGAUUGACUUGUCCAACACUGCCCUGCUUGACAACACUCCUCGCUGGCUGUUUCUGAAAGAGCAGAGUGAGAGUAUUGAGCACAGCAAAGCCCACCAUGCUGCUCAAGGCCCUCCAGGGUCUGGGUCAGAUCAGGGUUAUGGUCAGGGACACAGCCUAGGCCAUAUGUCAGGCCCUGGGAUGGGGCCUGGUCAUGGACUAGACCAAGGACCAGAUGGGAGUCAUGAUUCACCUAAAAACUCUGUAAUCAAGAGCAGAAGCCAUGGAAUCUUCCCUGAUCCAGCCAAAGACAUGCAGAUGAUGCCUUUGGAAAAGUCUCACAGCAGCCCAGGCAGCUCCAAGUCUUCCUCUGAUGGCCAACUGCGCUCCCAUGGCCCCUCCAGAAGCCAAAGCAAGAGCAGCGUCACUCAGGCUCACCUUGAGGACGCAGGGAUAGCCAUUGCUGCCGCCGAGGCGGCUGUGCAACAGUCCCGCCUGCAACCAAGACCAGGACACCGACUGGGUGAUGUCUCAGCGUCAGUGGUGCUGUCUGCCCCGAGUCUUGUGGGAGACACCUAUGGAGGUCUGGAUGGGGAAGAGGGAGUGGGCACUGGAGUGGACAGUGCCAUUUUUCAAGUCCCACGCAUCGGAAAGACUAUUCCUAACGGCACCGACAAACACCAACUAGGGACUCCGGAAAAUGAAGGCGGUAAAACACAAGUAAUAGGGGAGAUCAAGGUGGCUCUCAAGAAGGAGGUAAAGACAGAAGGGGACCAACUGGUCUUGGAGAUCCUUCAAUGCAGGAACAUCACUUACAAGUUCAAAAGCCCUGACCACCUACCAGACCUGUAUGUGAAGUUGUAUGUGGUAAAUGUAGCCACUCAGAAGAGGAUCAUCAAGAAGAAGACCAGAGUUUGUCGACAUGACAGAGAGCCUUCUUUCAAUGAGACCUUCAGAUUCCCCCUCAACUCAACUGGACACUCCAUACAGCUUUUCUUGAUGUCCAACGGAGGCAAGUUCAUGAAGAAGACCCUGAUAGGGGAGGCCUACAUCUGGCUGGACAAGGUAGACAUGAGGAAAAGAGUGGUCAGCUGGCACAAGUUGUUUGUCAGCUCCAAUCAGACCAACCCCUGAGAGCCACAACAAAAAGAUGGAGAUGGGAUAGAUGGAUGAAAGGUGAAGCCAGAAGAAGUUCAGAGAUCCAAUUUGACAAACAGACGAAUAAGAGAAAAUAAAAAGCUUAAGAAGAGGAACUAAAAAAGAUCAAUUUCAUUCACUUCCUUAGUUCAUGAGUGAUGUGAUAAUACCAUAACAACUGUAUCAGUCCAACACUGCCAGCACACAUGUCCACCUCUUCCCAUAUUGAGUCUGUGCUGGCUGUGGACUUUGCUUGUAGGAUGCAAACAUGCAAAUACCACAGCAAGCGCUGAAACACACUCAGCAGCAAUAUGGCUCUGAGUGCAGUGAUGUCCUUCUUACCAUAGUUCCAAUUCAAAUGAUCCACAUACGCCUUUGUUGAUUUGGGGCUGUGUAACUAAGCUAACAUAUCUAUCGGAGGGAAAGCUGGAAAAAAAAAAUUACUUUGAUCAUAAAUUGAAUUAGCAUUGUGUUUUCUUCAUAUAAGAGUCAUUGUUGGAGUGCCCAUAUGAUGGUUGUGAUGUGCGUUGACAUCAGUGGUCUUGAAAUGUUAAAUAUGAAGGAAUGUGCAAUGUUUUUGUAUGAUAGUCUUUCAGUUUCAUGUAAAAAGAAAAAAAAAAAGAGACAGACAGUUGACUUUUGCUAUGGGAUGAAGAUACAUGUACAGCACCACAGAUUGUAGAUAUCACACAUGCAGAUUACAGAGCAUAUCAGAGAACCACAUUGUACAGUGUGAUGUUUAUAUCAUAUACAACUAUAUCAGAUGCAGAAUAUAUCUAAAUACAAUAUACAGUAUAAGAGUUGUUCUCUUCUCACUAGAUUAUAUAUAAUACAAUAUACACAUAUGAUCUCUGGUUGAGGCCGUGGGUAACGCACUGACAAUCCAGUAGGCUACUUCAGUCUAUGGUGUAGGCAGUCUUAAUAGCCGUUAUGUGAAUGUGGACCUAUGUGAGCUCAAGGAUGUUCAUGAAAAAUAGCUCCUUCAGUCCUCUGAUCACACUGAUGCACCAUUAGAUAUUCAACAGGGCUGUGAUGGAUUCAAAAUGUUAAAUGCCAUUGACAUAUUGCGAUUUCACUGGCAUGCUCCUGUGAAAGGCAGGUUGAAAUACAAAUACAAUGAACAGCAGUGUGUGUUUAAAAGUCCAAAACACAAAACGCUAUGUUGAAAGUAACAAGCCAACUGUUGAGGAUGAGAAGAGUUUAUCACAUCUGUGUCACGUGUACAACAUUUUUACUUUAACGCUGUUGAAGUUUCUCAGUGUAUGCUAAUAUUACUUUCUGUUCAGCCCAUCGUGUAAUUACACUGUUGGUAUGGACAUGUAAUUCACAAGUUGUGUCAAAACCGUACAUGUGUCUGCAACUGUCAUCACCUCAGUAUGACAGCUCUGCUUUCUGUGUAUUAGUCAACAACCCUAGUCUGAGUUUUACCUAAAAAUAAUUUCAAAAUGAAGAAAAAAAAAAGUUAUUACCAGUCAAAUGUCAAGGUUCAUCUGUGUUUCUGGAUGUGCUGUAAAACUCAUUAUGCUGUUUUCUGUCAGUGGCUCCCGCAACACAGUGAACCAGCCUCUUUCACUGCCUGGCCCACUGAGGUUCGGUCAUAUUAAUAAUAAGUUAGAUGGGGACAAGUCUCAGUACUAAUGUGGAGCAGGUGACCCAUUAAUUCUUCUUGUAAUGUUCUUCAACCAUAACUAAAGAAUAAAAAAUAAAAAACACUAUGAAGUGACCCUCAGAAAGAUUGUUGUUGAAUUUAGGCAUAUCACAGGGCUGAUGCAAUUUUUUAAAGAAUUAAAUAUAACAGAGGAAACAACAAACACACUUAGACAAGAUGUCACUUAAAUCAUAGCAAAGGAUAACAAAAAGAAAAUAUAAUAAGGAAGGGAACGUGGUUGAUUAUUCAAAUAAUUAUUUUGCUGUGCCAACCUUGAUUUAUUUUUAUUAUUCCAGACACAUUGGUUCUUAAUUCUAUGCAACAUAGAUGUGUUUGAAUGCAUUUGUUUUUUGGAACUAAAUGUUAUAUUUGUGAACAUAUGGUCUAAAGAAAUGUCUUAUUGAAAAAUUACUUUGAUUUGUACAUCAUGGAAAGAAAAUAUUAAAUAAAUAGAUUUUUUUACUGAUUUUAAUAUAAAUUGAUGUUAACAGCUGUUGACAUCUACAUGGAGCUUAAGCACUUUAUUAUUACAUUGUUUAUUUUCCUUGUCUCAUUUUAACUGUUAUGACAUGCAAGAUUAUGUGUUUUGUGUUUCUGCACUGAAAUGAACUGAAUCAUGGUGUAUGUGGUGGCAGAAAAUAUUGUGGUGUGCAUUUUGUAUCUAUGUGGCAAAAGAAAAAGAAAUGCAAACACGUUGGGGUUCCUAAACACAAUGCACAAUCUGGGGAGAAAUCACUCUUACUACAUCUUGCUCAUAGUCUACUGACCAGUCUGUGUACAAAGUACAGUAAAUAAGACAUAUUCCCUAAAUGCUCAGCCAUGUCUGUUUAACCCCUCGUGUUUCAUUAGACUUCCCUCAAGCUAAUUACUGUUUGUUCAAAUCAGCUGUUGCCUGUAAUCGUGAAACCAUCUAUUUGUUGUUGUUCUGACGGGUGUGAAUGUGACUCAAGUCCUUUGACAUGUGUAUAUAAAGUGUUUAUUUUCUACAAAGAUUGAAUGUUUAUAUUGUCCGAAGUUUGAGCAUGUGAGUGUCGAAAAAAAUCACAAAAGACUUAUAAUUGUACAGCAAUGUGUGUCUAUAGUUGUAUAAGGGGAGUUGACUGUGUAAUCAAAACAUGUGCUGUCAACCAAUGACUAUCUGUGCAACCACCUCCAGUACACAGCUGAAACACAUAGGGAAAAAAAAUCUAUUCAACUUCAAUAGUUGUCUGAGACUUUAUGUUUUGGAUGUUGCAUGUUUUGUUGAUGGUUUGUCUGUAUAUUUUGCCUACAGAUUGUGUUUAAAAAGAGACAGAGAUAUGUAUAGAUUUAUCUGUAUGCUGACUGUAAAGAAAUAUGCUUGUAAAAUUGUCUUGUUUUUCACUCAGUGUAAAAACAAAGAAUCUAAUGUUAUGGUUUUGUGGUUGUACACAGGAUGUGUUAAGAUAUUAUGCAAAUUGUG